AUGGUUCGCUCAUGUGAUGAGAAACUACCUCAGUGCUCUCAGUGCCAACGUAUGCGACGACCCUGCCCAGGGCCGUUGACAGGCACAAUCUUUGUCCAUGCGGUGGCAACAGAUCGCGGCCCAAAGGCCGAAAAGGCAAAGAAGAUACAGAUUGCAACUACGCAUCAAGAGUUUCCGAUAGUUGCUGCAACUGUGAGACAAUUUCAGCAUGCACGAAUGCCAUUGGCCGAAUUCCCCAAUAUAUAUCAGCCGUCAGUUGCUCCUGCGUUUGACCAGCUAUUUUUGUCGACCUUUAUCGACUCGUUUGCGAAGCCUAGUGCUGGCUCUGAUCCUCAUCAGUCAUGGAUGAAACACCUCCAUGAGUUUCUGGUCACCGGCGAUGCUCCAAUCAAACACUCAAUACGAGCCGCGGCUACCGCUUACCAUGGUAGAGUUGCUCAAAAUGCAGCUGCUCAACGCGCAGCCGAGCAUUGCUACAUUGCCGCUCUGCGAACCCAACGCGCCAGAAUAACCCCUUACUUGAAUUGUUCUGCUUCCCAUUACGUUCCUGAUGAUCAAGAAAUAUUUACGUCAAUGAUGCUGCUGUACUUUGAACUCAUCUGUCCAUCCUCGACUGCUAGCUGGCUUAAACACCUACACGGAGUCACCAGCUUGCUACAGUUAAGAGGCGCAGAAAGUUGCCAGGUUGGCGGAAUGCACCUUCUGUUUCGCUCUUUAAGAUUUCUCGAGGCGUACUCGUCAUUUCGAAAACGAAGACCGUCAGUAUUCGCAUCCGAAGCAUGGCGCACGAUCCCUUUCGCAAUAUCGGGGAAAAGUGAUACGGAUAGACUCGUCGAUAUUCUUUUGUUGGCUCCAAACCUUUUUAACGACAUGGGAUUCGAUGACAACCACUUCCUUGAUACAAGCUCUGCCGUUUCCAUCGAAGGUCUUUCUGCUGAGCUGAGUGUAUAUAAGGAGCGAUAUAUAAAUAGCAUUCUCCUUGCUCACGAAGCAAAUCGCAAUAUGGACGAAAGCCCCGACGAUGACGAGGCUGAUGAUUGCAAUGAGUGCACCGCAUGGAUCGACGGGGGAGGUGACUUUUGUACGGCGAUGCCAGAGUCAUUAUUCUAUUCUGCCAGGAUUCUUGUUGACCAUGUUACCUUCAGAGGGAACAUGAAAUCUUGCGAAGAGCAUCGCAUUGCUGAACAGUUGAUUUAUGCCUCUCUACUGUUUAGAAUUGCGGAGGUGUCGCAAGUUGAAGCUAGCGUUCUGCCUCGAGGUUGUUGGAUCCUUUAG